AUGGAGAGAGGCCUUGUAGGCCAGGUUAAGUGGGCAAGAAAAAGGCAUCCACGCAAGGAUGCCACUGUCGAUGGUUCAGGGUCUUCAGCCAUCCCUGCUAUUGUGGCUGAUGCUCUGGCAAAUGGAGACCAGCGAACACCCUUAGAGACCAGGCGGCAGCUAGAAGCCAUAAACAGCCCUCUGCAACUAGAAGCGGUUCCCAAAGAGGAGAAGAAUAACCAAAAAGAGGAUGAUAAGAAGGACCAGGCUAAGGAACGGGAGCAGAAGAAUGCCAGGCCGGCCCAUGGAGCCGAUAGUGAGAUGGAGAAGAUGCGGUUAGACUUUGAGCUGACUGUGCUGAAGCACCAACAUGAGGAGAAUGACAAGCAGCGGCAACACGAGGAGAAGAUGGAACAUAUUCGCCAGCACUCGCCAUCCAGGCCACCAGCCCAAGGAGAAGAGGAGCCGCUGGGGGGGAAACUGGACCCCAUCACGGAAAUUGAGCUGGAGAAGAUGCGUAUGGAAUUUGAACUGGCCAAGCUGAAGCACAUCUCCGAGGAGAAUGAGCGGCAGCGGCAGCACGAGCGGAAAAUGUACGAGGACAAAGAGAAGCAGAGGCAGCACGAGGAGAAGAUGCAGCAGCUGCGACUGCGGCAAGGGAGUCUCCGAGUGGUGGGUCCAAAGGCUACCGGGGGCAAGGCAGAAGCCGAAACAUCUUCUGAGGCCUUUGGUUAUGUGGGGAAGGUGAGGAUAGAGCUCCAGCUGGCCAUGGAAGUCUACGUGCCAGAGAUGAACGAAAAGAAGCCCCCCUGUGAGCCUGGUGGGCCUCCAGAAAGCCCAAAGCUUGAGCAGCAACUGGAGAAAAACUUGGAGGUAGGAAAGCCACUGCCGCCACCGGAACAGAAGAAUGAUGGGGUGACUGAACACCUGGGUCUCCAGGUGCCCCGCAUCGUGGUGAGCGGAGCAGAGUCAGAGUGGUCAAGCAGCAGGUUGGACUUAGCCAUCGAGACCGAGCUGGAGAAGAGACGAAUGGAGUUUGAGCUGACAAGGCUGAAAUACGAGCAUGAAGAAAAUGAGCGGCAGCGGCAGCAUGAGGAGAAGAUGGAGCAGCUGCGCCAACAGCAGGGGCCGCCCAAGGAGUCUGAAUGA